GACCAAGGUAUGCGCCACCCGUCGUGGCUCGCGCGCGCACGAGACUGACGGCCGGUAGCUCUGGGAUCAUGGGCCGACGAGAUGGAGGACAUGCCAAUGCCUGGUAAGACACGCCCCCCGCACCACGCACGCCGCCGCGAGCACUGACCCGCGCCGGUGGACGUGGACCCCGACAUGGCGUGUGCUGACCAUGUCCCAGCUGGCGGUAGUUCUUCUGCGUAUGGCCGCGACCGACCAACGUUCGGCUCCGGCGGCGGUGCUGGAGGAUUUGGCGGCGCCGACCGCGGCAGCUAUGCCGACCGUGGGUUUGCUACGCGCGAAGAGCUGCCCCUCCCCUCCAAGCCCCCCUACACGGCCCAUCUGGGCAACCUGUCCUUCGACGCCACAGAGGGCGACGUGAACGACUUCUUCGCCGACUGCGAGGUCACCAACGUGCGCAUCGUCGAGGACAAGCUGGACCGCAAGCCCAAGGGCUUCGGCUACGUCGAGUUUGGCAGCGUCGACGGCCUGAAGAAGGCUCUCGCCCUGUCUGGCACGCAGUUCCAGGGCAGAAAUGUCCGCGUCAGCGUCGCCGAGCCCCCCAAGGACCGCCCCGAGCAACGCGACAUCUCCGACUGGACCCGAAAGGGACCUCUCCCCGACCUCCCCGGCCAGCGUCGCCCGGCGGAACGCAGUGCUGGUGGUGGCUUCAGCCGUGGCUUCGACGCAGGAGCAUCGGAUGCCGGCAGCGACCGUGGUGAACGCCGUCGCGCACCCGCCUUUGAAAGGGAGGGAGGAGGCACGCGCGAUUUUGGCAACUGGGAGCGCAGGGGCCCUCUAUCCCCCUCUGCUGCCCCUCCAUCCGGUGGCGAGUCAUUGAAAGAAGGCGGCAGGCAACCCAGCUUUGCCGGAGGAGCCCGUGAGCGUAGGCCAGAUGCCGCCUGGGGCGAGCCUCGCGCAGCCGACGACCCGCGUGGGCCGCGUCGCGAGUUCCAGCCACAGGCCGAGAAGGCACAGUUCAACAGAGAGCCCACUGCUCCCGAGCUUGACAACCAGUGGCGAUCCAAGAUGCGCGCCGAUGCCGCCUCUCCUACCUCGACACCUGACGCGAGCGUCCCCUCCUCGCCCGCCCCUCCCCAGUCCUCUGCGCCUGCUUCGCGUCCCAGGCUAAACCUUGCGAAGCGAACAGUCUCCGAAGCACAGCCAAACGCAGAAGCAGCCUCUUCUGAUAAGCCAAAUCCGUUUGGCGCGGCACGCCCCAUCGACACUGCUACCCGCGAGAAAGAGAUUGAAGAGAAGAGGCAGCUCGCAGUGCGCGAGAAGAAGGAGGCAGACGACAAGGCCCGCGCGGAAAAGAGGGCAAAGGAAGCAGCAGAGAAGCCCGCACCCAAGGAGGAGGAAAAGCCUGCCCCAGCCACCGAGGCUAAGGAGGACGUUGUCGAAGAGAAAGAGGCUGAAGAAGAGGCCCCGCCCAACGGCGAGGACGAGGAUGUUGACGGCGAGAUCGUCGAAGACAAGGCCGUCAAGCCGCAGGAGAUCGUUCGCGAUCCUCCCAAACCCGCAGGAGGGUCAUGGAGAAAGAAGUCCGACACCCCUGCUUCGCCGCCAGCUGGUACCACAACCGAGACUCUUGACGAGGACGGCUGGAGUACCGUCACCAAGCCCGUCAAGAGCACCAAGAACACGCGCCGUGGAGGAGCCCCAGCUCGCGCCAUUGCGUCGUAGUGUGAAAGCGUCCAUCUUCGCUAUCCUCGACCUUCUGGCUCUUUUGUUUCAUUUUAGCGUUCUGGGAUGAUCGCAACGCCCCGCACAUGUUCCGGCGUGGU